CUUCCUCCUCAACCUUGUUUUCCUUCUUGGUAUCGCCGUCCACCGCGCUGCAGCACCGGCGAUUCCGAAUCCGGCACUGGUUCAUGUUAAUUCAACGGCGCUUUUAGUCGUUGUUUCGAUUUCUCGACCUGUUUUUUUGUUGGUGAUAACAAUGGAUUUUUGGCGGUGAAGGUGGAAUAAACACUUCUGAUUUUAUUUAUUUUCAUUCAGGAAGGAUGAAGGGUGUCAGAGACUGGGUUUCAAGUCAGGUAUUAUCAAGAUCUUUGGCCUCCUCUAGACCAUUGUCGGGCAGUGGUAGUUUCUUCCCUGAGGCAUCUGCAGAUGAAGAAUCUGAUGAUCAAGGUUCUUCUCCCAGCUUGGUACCAUCAACAGUACCUCCUGAUGCAUCAUACUCUUCUGAUAGUUUUCAAGAGAAUCAUCCUCAUCCUUCCCCAAAACAAACUUCAGUUGAAGAUUCUUAUCUAUCUCAUAAUGUUGCUGAUGAAAAGAAAAUGGAUCCAUUGGCAAAGGUUGAGGAUCUACAGAUUAAGUUCUGGCGCCUUCUCCUAAGGUUUGGGCAAUCUCAAGACAAUCUUUUAGUUGCAAAGGUUUUGUAUCGGAUGCACCUAGCAUCCUUGAUACGAGCUGGGGAAUCAGAUUUGAAAGGAGUGAACUUCAGAAAGGAUAGAGUCAAAACAAUAGCAAGAGAACAGGAGGAAGCUGGUAUGCCUGAAUUAGAUUUCUCUAUUAAAAUACUUGUUCUGGGGAAAACAGGUGUUGGCAAGAGUGCAACCAUAAAUUCUGUGUUUGAUCAACAAAAGACUGAAACUAAUGCAUUUUGCCCUUCCACCAAUCGCAUCCAAGAGGUUGUGGGGACAAUCAAUGGAAUGAAAAUUACAUUCAUUGAUACCCCUGGUUUACUACCCUCUUCUACAAGUAAUUUGAGAAGGAAUAGGGAGAUUAUGCUCUCUGUGAAGAGAUUCAUCAAAAAAUCCCCCCCAGAUGUUGUGCUAUAUUUCGAGCGUCUUGACCUGAUCAACAUGGGUUAUAGUGAUUUCCCCCUGCUGAAGCUCAUGACUGAUGUUUUUGGUACUGCAAUUUGGUUUAACACUAUUCUUGUCAUGACUCAUUCUUCAAUGGUUCCUGAAGGUCCCAAUGGGUAUUCUCUCAAUUAUGAAUCAUAUGUGACACAAUGCUCAAAUUUGGUUCAACAUUAUAUACACCAGGCAUUAUCUGACACAAGACUCGAAAAUCCAGUUCUUUUAGUGGAGAAUCAUCCUCUGUGUAAAAGAAAUUUCAUGGGGGAAGGUAUACUUCCAAAUGGGCAGGUAUGGAAAACCCAAUUCUUAUUAUUAUGUAUGUGCACCAAAGUUCUUAGUGAUGCCAACACUCUAUUGGAAUUUGAAGGUAGCAUUGAGCUUGGGCCAUUAAAUGGCAGUAAGCUGCCGUCUCUGCCUCAUCUUCUCUCAUCUUUUCUUCGUCAGCGCCCAGUGUCAAGUCAAGUUGAAUCAGAAAAUGAUGUUGAUGAGCUACUACUUUCAGACAUGGAGGAUGAAGAAGAUGAAUAUGAUCAGUUACCUCCUAUCCGAAUUCUGACAAAAUCUCAGUUUGAGAGAUUAAUGAACUCAGAGAAGAAGGCCUAUCUUGAUGAAUUGGAGUACAGAGAGACCCUGUUUUUGAAAAAGCAGUUGAAGGAAGAGUGUCAACGUAGGAAAGCAAAGAAGCUUUGCAAAGAAGGAACUUCUGCCCAGGAUGAUAAUUAUGACAAUAAGGGAUCUUCAGAGGCUGUUCAGUUACCAGAUAUGGCAGUUCCUCCUAGUUUUGACUCAGAUUGCCCAGUGCACAGAUAUCGCUGUGUAGUUACAGAUGAGAAAUGGCUGGUGAGGCCUGUUCUUGAUCCCCAAGGAUGGGAUCAUGAUGUGGGCUUUGAUGGAAUAAACUUGGAGACAGCUUUGGAGAUAAAAAAGAAAGUUUUUGCCUCAAUAAAUGGCCAAAUGAGCAAGGACAAGCACAAUUUUCAUGUUCAAUCCGAGUGUGCAGCAGCCUAUGCAGAUCCUUCAGGGCCUACUUACAUGGUAGGACUUGAUGUUCAGUCUGCUGGUAAAGAUCUGAUGCAUACAGUUCGCAGUAACAUGAAGCUAAGAAACCUUAAGAACAAUGUCACUGACUGUGGGCUUUCUUUGACGUCAUAUGGGAACAAGUACUAUGUUGGGGCCAAGCUUGAGGAUACCAUAUUGGUCGGGAAGAGACUGAAAUUUGUAAUAAAUGCAGGAAAAAUGGGGGGAGCAGAACAGGCGGCUUGUGGUGGUAGUCUUGAAGUGAUCUUGAGAGGGAUGGACUACCCUGUGAGGAAUGACCAUGUUAGUCUGUUGAUGACAGCUCUCUCCUUCAAUAAAGAGAUGGUACUUAGCGGAGGGUUCCAGUCUGAGUUCAGGCCAUGCAGGGGAAUGAGGUUGUCAAUUAAUGCCAAUCUAAAUAGCCGGCAAAUGGGGCAAAUUUGUGUAAAAACCAGUAGUUCCAAGCACAUGGAAAUUGCUUUGAUCUCAGUUUUCUCAAUUUUUAAGUGCCUCUUCCGUAGAAUGUCAACUGAUAAUAGAAGCAGGGAAACAUCUGAAGAUGAAUAAGCUUCUAGUUUUUGCUUAGUUGAAAAAGGUUUGAGAAAACAAUUGCAAAUGAGACAGGAGGAUAUCGUAGAAGUGAUUGGUAGAAGUGAUUCCUGAAUUUUGACUCUUUAUUUGUUUUGAUGCCUUGAGAAAUUUAUUUUUAAGGCUAGAAUUUGUGGUUUUCACCUCAUCGUCAGUGACCUGUAAGACUGAGAUCACUAUAGGGUAGCCAGUACCACUUGAGCUGCCAACCUUGGCAACAGAAUCUGUGAAUUGAAGCAUAUAAUAGUUGUAGAGCAAGGCAUGGAAAAUGGGUUUUUGGGUUCCUUUUAUAAAUAUGCUAGUUCAAGAGAAAUAAAAUGGUGACCAUAAUUUCCUUUUUGGUUUUUAAUGGUCAAAUAUUACAUAAAUUUUUAGACAUAACUGGGUUGCCUGAUCUUUAUUUGAGCAGGAUUUUUAUAUUUCCUCAAGCAAUUUUAGGUUGGAUUGGGGAAUGCCUUCAACAUUCUAAUCUAAAAGCUGAUUAUCUCUGGCUGGCUGGAGCCAGUAAUUUUACGUUUUUCUGGAAGGAAAGUCGUGUCGACUUACCUCUGGUUGUAUAGCAAAUGUAUUAGAAUCGACUUAUUCAGUUUUUGUUACGAUACAUAUAUUUUUUUCUUAGAAUAGCAAUCAACUCAUUUCUUGAGU